AUUCUUCAAGCUGACGUCGUGGAUUCACGAGAUCAAAUGGCUCGUUUGAUUAACACCAUCGUCAGUUUUCCCGCUGGAAGAGAAUAUUUCACCAAUCAUCUGCGAUUAUUUCUGUCCACUGUUGUGCCUGUGCUUCGUGGACGUCGACUGCCAUCAUCAACCCAGGAGCAACUGAUCGCCUCUCUUCAAAAAGCUAGCGUACGGCAAUCGUGCCAGCGCGAGUUGCUGCAGUGUGGAAUGCUCGAAUGGGUUGUGAACUUUCUUGAAUCUCGAAACUCGCUGUAUGCAACCGAGUAUGCCUGUGCAUUGGCGAUUAAUCUAUCUUUGAAUGUGAGUUUAUAUCUAAUAGAAUCAUCAGAACCUGAUUCGGUGAUGUUCAAAAGCUGGGAAUUAAAGAAGGAAACCCAUGGGGUAGGUUACUUCAAGGAUUUGUCCUGUUCCUUGUACAAUGCAAUGACGCUGGUUUGGCUUGGCUGUAGCCGAGUUCGAUUGAGAGCCAAGGAAACCCGACUUUAUGACGUCUUACGCACACGAUACCUGAAGAAACUAUGUCCACUCUGUGAUCUCCACGUUCCAUAUCUCUUAGCGGUCAUUUCUGGAGGUGUGAAACAGCUUGAGAAGCACCAGCAGAAAUCCCUGAGAGAGCUUCAGCAUAUGCCUUCUAGAUGUUUUCGAUCAAGCCUUCCGUUUCAGCUUGUUUCAAAUUAUCAACAAAAACUUCAUUCCAUCUGCUAA